AUGAGUGAAAUGAAUGUCUCUUGUAGCCAUAAAAUUGCUUUUGGUUACGAAGAGCGCAACACCGAGAAGAUGGUAGAAAAAAGCUCUUUUCUAAAGCCCGUUUUGAUAAAGGAGAAGUCUCUUACGCUAAAGGAUGCUGCACAGCAAUUGCCAAGAGCGAGGAAAAGCAUUCAUCGUCAGAACGCACCGCAAUUUCCUCCGAAACUUCUCAGAUUAAACCAAGGAUCUUCGUCUUCCUUGUACUGCAACCUAUCGGACGACGAAGAGGACUCAAUCAGGCUCUCUUUCACCGAGGAAGAGAAUGUCUCUUCUACUAGCAGUCCGCCUAAACUUCUAAGAUUAAAUCAAGGAUCUUCGUCCUCCUUGUACUGCAACCUGUCGGACGACGAAGAGGACUCAACGAGACUCUUUUUCAUUGAUGAAGAAAAAAACUCUUCUUCACAGUCAAGCAUUACGCCGAAACUUCUCAGAUUUAAUCGAGGAUCGUCAUCCUCAUUGUAUUGCAACCUGUCGAAAAAUGAAGAGGACUCUACUGGUCUUUUUUCCGUCGAUGAAGAAAACAACUCUUCCAUCAGCAGUCUUGAAAAAUUGUGGGACAGAUUUUCCUCUUUCAGCACCUACGCGUCGGGCCAUCAAGCUGGAAGCCAAGGCUCUACAGAUUGUAUUGUGUCUUUGACCCAGGCCCAGGUUGUGAAGAGGGCUUGCGUCUUUGAACUUGAUACAACAUCUUGCGACAAGUGUGUUGCAUCCUAUAAAAUCAGAAGGACAGCGCCGCGUAGUACAACCAGGAGGCAAGGAAAUGUAAAGACUCCAGGAUCUGCAUCCGCGUCUCGUGGGCGGGUUAAUCCUCGUCGCCGACUACCCUCCCGUAGCGGGCCAAGACUGAAGACCAUAAAGACACAUGAGGCGACGAUGGAGAGGUGUCAUUCGUCCAAUGGUAUUACGAAUCGAGAAGAGCUGAGAUGGGCAAGUAAGAUUAGCCACAUGGCAGAACGACUACAAGUAUUAGAAAACUACAACUCACGAAUGAGGGGGGAAAUAACACGUAUGUCCAAUCCAAACAACAACGCAAAUGUCGAAGCAAAUACUGCUCCAUCCCCGCGUCGCCAAGAGGUUUUACAGCUUUCUGGUGUAACUGUAGCAGCUACUUCGGUAAAGAAGCAGACGCACUCCCAGUGGAACCGAUUCGUUCCAGCUGUUUUAAAAUCGGAGCAUUCUGGACGAUACAGUGUACCAGAAUUAAGUCACACGAUAAUGCCCCGCUGUGCCUAA